AUGAAUUCACUCUCAAGAAAUAGAGCAAGCAGUUAAAAUCAAUAGAUUAUCAAAAAAAACAUCCGAAAAUAUAGUUCCGACUAUAGUGACUCAGAUGUUUCUAAUCCAGAAUCUUAGGUCAAAAAGAGAAUUGUGAAAAUUUGGACUGCUGAAGAAGAUUAAAUGUUAUAGACAUUUUAUGAAAAAUAUAAGGGCAACUGGAUUCAAGUGGCAUAAUCUAUACCUAAUAGGAAUCCAUCCUAAUGUUCAUAAAGAUGGAAAAGAAUAAACCCUGACAGAUUACGAUCCAGAAGAUAAUGGACAGAAGAAGAAGAUCUUUAAGUUUUACAUUUGAUUAAGAAAUUUGGAAAGAAUUGGAAAGCCAUAGAAAGGAACAUGGAUGGAAGAAGUGGAAAACAAAUUAGAGAAAGAUUUAUUAAUAAACUAGAUUAAACAAUUAAUCAUAAUGUAUUUACUUAAGAAGAGGAUGAUAAAAUUGUAAAAUUAUACUAUUAAAUGGGACCAAGAUGGAGUGACAUCUCUAAGUUAUUCUAAGGAAGACCUGAAAAUAUGAUUAAAAAUAGAUUUUAUUCUCACAUCAAAAAGCACUACAACAUUUAGUCAAAGAAUCCUGAAAUUGUUGGAGAUGAAAUGAUGCCUUAAAACCAAUUUCAAAAUACCAAUUCACUCUCAGAUGUACUCUAAGAAUAAGAUUAACAAAUUUAAGGGGAACCCAGAUUAGAUACAAUACGCAGUUAAUUCGAAUAAGAGGGUUCAUUCAUCUCUAAUCUAAUUAAUAGCAAUCAUAUUCUGCUACCUUAAUUUCAAAGCUUAAUUCAAGGAGAAUCAUUGAUUUCGAAUGGAGGAUCAUUUAUAAAUAAACAAGAAAUGAAUCACGAACAAAAAUAACUCUACGGAAUUGAUAGUUCUGGUGCAGGUUCUCACGUCUAUUAAGAUAUUUAGAUGCCUCAUUCAGAUAUCUACGAUGAACUAGAUUCAAGUCUUAAAAAAACACCAUAGUAUCUAAGAACUGAUAGUGAAAACAAAGAGAAAGAAAACUAAUUAAUGGACCAAUUGAUAAAAAUGAGUAUGGAAUAAGAUUGA